GAUAGCAGCAUCAAUAUAGGGAACGAGGUGUGGCUUUGGCUAUAAGGUGUAUAGCAAUAUUGUGGUGGCAGAAUGUUCACUGCGGAACAGCUGGGCUUCACAAAAAAGCAACUAGAGGAGGCAAGACAUUCUGAGCCGCCACCCAGAUACCCGCCCCCGGACUUUUCUCCGGCUCCUUCGGUGAAUUCGGAGGAGAACAAACGCCUGGCCUCCGGCCUUUGUGAGCAGCGGAGAAACUUCAGCGAGUCCUGCUUCAACGUUUCUCCGCCCGAGGAGUCAGGGCACGACGAUAGGUACCAUCGCCAAGUCUACAAGGCGCCUGAUGUGAACUAUGAUCUCUCCUACUUUCCGGCCGACCUACAUGCUUCUAACGAAGCAAAGAAGAGCAAAAAGACGCACAAAAGUACCAGGGCUUCUGAUGCCCUUGCUAUUGAAAUUGACAUACAGAAAGAGCUACAGGCUCAGAAAGAGAGAGAGAUGAGACGUGACAGCGAUGAUGAGGGGGAAGAUGAAGCCUAUGAAAAGAAGAGCAAAGUAGAUGAGAACGACGUUGAUGAGGAACUGGAUUCGGAUGAGGAAGCGGAGGUGGAAGAGGCCAUGGACUAUGUUCAUAACUAUGAUGAUGAUGAAGCCCUUAGCGAGGACGACAAGUCGGAUGAAGGUGCCACCUACUAAGACAUUAUUGGGCACAAAGGUCUAUUGUGCUGUCCGUGUGUGCAGCAUAAUCACAAAUAUAAAUGCAAGCGCUAAUAAAUUUGUUCUGCUACUUUAUGAA